AUGGCGACCUACGGACAAAGCUGCGCGCGGCUAAUGUGUAUUCCUCCAUCAUAUGCUGACCUUGGCAAAGCUGCCAGAGAUGUUUUCAACAAAGGAUUUGGUUUGGGGUUGGUGAAACUGGACUGGAAAACAAAGUCAUGCAGUGGCGUGGAAUUCUCAUCUGGUUCAUUUAAUACAGACACUGGUAAAGUUACUGGGACCUUGGAGACCAAAUAUAAAUGGUGUGAGUAUGGUCUGACUUUCACAGAGAAAUGGAACACUGAUAACACCCUGGGAACAGAAAUAGCAAUUGAAGACCAGAUUUGUCAAGGUUUGAAACUGACAUUUGAUACCAUCUUUUACCAAACGCGGGAAAGAAAAGUGGUAAAAUCAAGUCUUCUUACAAGAGGGAAUGUAUAA